UUCCAUGUGGAUUGACUCCGGACUUAACCGGAUUAUUACAGCUUGACUGCCUGCACUUGGGUGUACACAUUUUGGAUCAAGUCAACUCUCUUCAAUUGUCGUCCACUCUCCAAGGUGCAGCUCUUCAAUCCAAUCUCCUGGACCACUGGCUUUAUCCUGAGAUGUUUCUUCCUCCUCAAAUGCAACUUCCCACUACUUCGACAUUGCCUCUCUUCCCAUUGGUGGUUAGUGAAGCUAUUCCCAAACAAACUCAUCCUUCACUGCUCCACCCUGUAUGUUCGGUUCAGCCAUUGGACCAGCCGACAUCACACCACCAAGAUCGCCUCACUCUAGAGGGUGGACACUUGAAAGUUGUCCUUCCUUUUCAACCACCAUUACAUCAGCAUACCUCAUCUGUUCCUGCUUCCAAUUCUAUCCAUCACAUGGUCACUUAG